AGGUUUCCACCCCCCAGGUGCCAUGCCUCAUCAUGGUCUCCCACCUCACUCCAAAGGUGGAGUUGAAGACCCCUCUAUGGACCCAGCAGGUCUGGGCAACAGGAACAGCGACGAAUUCCCGGAUGGCCACAACAUCUUCAACAACCAGAUGGGACCUAUGGGUGGACCUCCAGGGGUUCUUCCAGGAAUCAUCCAACCCCCUUCUGGUGGUCUGCUAGGCGCACGGCCCGGUAUAAUGCCACUGCAGCGUCCUCCGGUUCCCACUCCACCACACAUGCAGCGGUUCCCUCCACCCCACGGCCAGCGACCCCCUCACCCCAACAUGCCACAUAUGCCCCCACAGAUGAUGCCUCGAGGUCCACACCCUCAAAUGAUGCACCCUGACGCCCCUCCCCUUAAAGGUGGCUUUGGGAUGCUUCUUCCCCAUAAUAUGAGGCCCCCGUUCCCUCCACACGGGCACGGCCCUCCUCCUCACGGCCCUCCUCCUCACGGCCCUCUUCCUCACGGCCCUCCUCCUCACGGCCCUCCUCCUUUCGCUAGACCAGGGGGACCUCGUGGCAUGGAGGGGCCGGAAGAAAUGGAUGGGAGACAAUUCAGGGGGGACAGGCCUGGAUUCAGGGACAGAGAGCCAGAGAGGGACUGGGAUCGGGACAGGGAGAGAGAGAGGGAUCGAGGUUUUGGAGGUGGAAGGCGUCCCUUUGGUGAUGGAGGGAGAGGAGGAGGAGGAGGAGGAGGAGGAGGAGGAGGAGGAGAUAGAAUGGAAGGAAGGGACCGGCUCGGAGGCUG